AUGGGGAGAAGCAGCUGCGGCAGUGCAGGAACCAGGAGUGACAUGGGGAGCCAGAUCAUAAGGUAUGUAAUGAAGGAGAUCAACAACGAUCCCAACAUUCUCCCCAACAUCACUAUGGGCUUCCAGAUCUAUGAUUCUUGUCGAGUUCUCCAGAAGGAACUUGAAGGCACCUUAUGGAUGAUAACAGGCCAGAACAGAGCUAUACUAAAUUAUCAGUGCCAAAAGAGGAAUCGACUGGCUGCUUUCAUUGGAUACAGUACAUCAACAUUCUCAAUGCUCAUGGCUCACAUUCUGGGCGUUAUCAGGUAUCCACAAAUCAGCCAUGUUUCGACCAGCUCCCGUCUAAGUGACAAGACCCAGUUCCCAUCUUUUCUUCGUACUGCUCCAAGUGAUGCUUUCCAAUCCAAAGGACUGGCCCAACUGUUGUUGCAUUUUCAAUGGACCUGGGUGGGGAUGAUCGCUGAUUCUAAUGAUUAUGGAUACCAGGGCAUACAGGGAGUGAGACAAGAAUUCAUCAAAUCUGGAGCUUGUGUGGAAUUCUUGGAGUAUAUUCAGAGCAGUCGUCCAGAUCACAACAUUCCACGUAUCAUCCAGACCAUCAAAAAGUCUAGAGCCAAGAUAAUAAUUAUCUUUGCAUCUGAAGCUGACCUCAUUCUGCUGUUUGAUGAAUGUCUACGUCAUAAUAUCACUGGGAAGCUUUGGGUGGCCAGUGACGGCUGGGCAACCUCCAGCUUGCUAGUUUUUGAAAAAUAUUCAAAGCUUCUUAAAGGAACCCUGGGCUUCUAUUUUUCUGUUGAACAAAUUCCAGGGUUCCAGGACUAUACUGAGAAUUUAAAUUUCUCCAAAGUGUUAGAAGAGCCCUGGGAUAGGAUGUUUUGGGAAAAUAAUAUUGGUUGUACUUUUUUGGACGGUAAAAACAUGACCUUCAACCAUGAAAAGCCAAAUAGGAAUUGCACAGUUCUCCAUUACAUGAAGAAGGCCCGAAUAAAGUUAAGCAGUGGAAAGGAUUUGUUUUUUGAUGAGAAUGGAGACCCCCCUCCAACAUACGAUAUUGUCAACUGGCAAAUAGACCUGGGAGGUUCCAUCAAACAGGUUAAAGUGGGAAAUUUUACCAGCACAGCCACUUACAAAGGAACGCUUUAUGUUAACACCAGUUCUGUCCAGUGGCCAUUUGGUGAUGAAAAGGUUCCAAUAUCUAUAUGCAGUAAAAGUUGUCAACCAGGUUCUCGAAAAGCUUCCAUCCAAGGAGAACCAAACUGUUGCUAUCAAUGUGUUCCCUGUUCACAAGGAGAGAUUUCCAAUAAAACAGAUGCAAGUAAUUGUUCUACUUGUCCUUGGAAUAAAUGGCCAAGUGAAGAAAAGGACAGAUGUCUACUAAAACCAAUUGAAUACCUCUCGUAUGAAGAAACAUUGGGCAUCACGUUAGCAUCCAUCAGUGUUACUUCAUCAUUUGUACCUAUAGCUAUCCUAGGGCUACUCAUUUGUUACAAGACCACCCCCAUUGUCCGUGCCAACAAUUACACCAUCAGUUGUCUUCUUCUCAUCUGCUUGUCCCUUUGUUUUUUGUGUUCCCUGGCAUUCAUCGGCUAUCCUGGAAAAGAGAAUUGCCUCCUACGUCAAGUGGCCUUUGCCCUGGUUUUUGCAUUCUGUAUUUCAUGUAUUUUGGCUAAGACUAUCAUGGUAAUGAUUGCCUUUAGAGCUACAAAACCAAACAGUGAUUUACGAAGGUGGGCCAGGCCUCAGGUGUCCUAUCUAGUCAUAUCUAUAGGCACUGUCAUUCAGUUCCUGAUCUGCACAAUAUGGCUUAUUAUUUCUCCUCCCUUCCCUGAAUUUAACAUCAAAGCUAAGACUGAAGUCCUGGUUUAUGAAUGUAAUGAAGGUUCUUCCACAGCAUUUUGGUUUACUUUAGGAUAUAUGAGUUUCUUGGCCCUUAUUAGUUGUCUUGUUGCUUUCUUGGCAAGAGAACUUCCUGAUAGGUUCAAUGAGGCCAAGUAUAUCACUUUCAGCAUGUUGGCAUUCCUCACAGUAUGGGUGUCCUUCAUUCCAGCUUCACUAAGUACUAGUGGUAAAUACACUGUGGCCAUGGAGGUCUUUGCUAUCAUGUCUUCCAGUUGGGCCAUACUCUGUUGCUUCUUUCUUCCAAAAUGCUAUAUUAUUUUGUUUCAUCCUGAAGUAAACUCCAGGAAGAACCUUCUUGGUAAACAUAUCAUCAUGUAA